AUGCUUUGUUUUAAUUUCACCUUACAGUUUUCUAAAAAAAACAUUAUUAAUGUUAUUAAAAGAUCACAUAAUAAUAGUAAUAAAAAAGUGAUAGAAAAGGAAGCAAAAAAAGUGGACGAUAUUCUUUUUUAUAUUCAAAAAUUCAUAUUAGAAGAAAAUACUACAAAUAGAAAUUUACUUAGUUUCCAAUCAUUAUAUAAUGAAGAAAAUGAUUUGAAAAAAUAUCAUCUUAAUUUAAUAAAAAUAUCAUAUUUAUUAAAAAAUGCAUGUAUUAAUGAACAAAAAUGGCUAUUAAUAUAUGAAAAAAUAGGAAAUUUAUAUUUACUGGAUGAACAAACAUUUAAUGGCAAAAAAAAAAUAGACAAUUUGAAAACUGGGUUUAAAAAUAAUACACUAAAUAAGGAAAAUAUUAUAAUAGAAGAUUACAAUUUUUGUAAUAAUAACUUAAUAGAAAAGAAAAUUUGUCAAGAAUACAAUCUUUUUAACUUAAAAUCUUGCUAUACCUUUGUUUUCAAAACAUGCAUAGAUAAUAUACUUAAUUAUUUGCCAUUAUAUACUAUUAAUAAUUAUAUAUUAAUAUUAAAAUGUUGUGAAAAUUUUUAUAAUUUUUUUUUUAAGAUACAUAAAAAGAAAAGUAUCAAUAAGUUGAAUUUUAUAUAUCUAUAUUCAUGCUAUAGUAAUUAUGAAAGUAACAUAAAAAUUUUAAAAAAUAAAAAUGAUAUAAUAAAAAAUGAAGGAAAAUUAAACUUAAAUUAUUAUUAUCAAGAAUUAUUUAAUUUAAAAUAUCAUCAAAUACUUAUUUAUAAAAUAAAAUUGACAACAAAGAUAUUAGAUGACAUAAAUUACAAUUUAAUUGACGAUAAAAAUUUUGUUCAGCUAAGUAAUAUUUUUUACACACAAACGAAAAAUGGUCUAAUAAAUGAAAAAAAUGUUUUAAAGUUCUUAGAUUAUUAUAUAGAAAAAUUCAAAGAUAAUUUAAUUAAAUAUAAUGUUGAUAUAUUUUUUAAAAUUAUUAAUAUAAUGUAUUAUUCGAAAAUCAUUAACUAUAAUAUAAUAUUAUAUCUUGUAAAUACUUUCAAAAAAGUUAACUCAUCUGUAUUUUGUAAAAAAAAAUUAUUUGAAAAUUAUUUAAAAUUAUUAAAAUUAUUAAAUUUAAAGGAGGAUAAUUUUUUUAUUUAUAAUUACUGUAAAUACUAUAUUUUUAAUAAUAUAGCUCAAAUAAAUUUAUCAAACUUUUAUAAUUUUUUUUUUGUUUCAUCAAUUAUAGGCAUAUUUGAUAUUUCAUUAAUAAAUUUAUAUAUAAGUUUUUUAAAAAAGAAUAAAAUAAAUUUGAAAGAAUCAUUAAAACAUAAAAUAUAUUACACUUUAUUAGGAUGGGAUAUAAUACUUAAAAAAUUUAUUGAUAAAAUGACAGAAAAAAAAAAAGAAAAAAUAGAAAUUAUUUUGCUGAACUAUAAGAAUAAAGAUAUUCAUUAUUUUUAUUCAACUAAGUUAUGCAAUAACUAUUCUCGUUUAUCAUUUGAAAUAAAUCAGUUAAUGAAUUUUUAUAAAAAUAAAAUAUUUAUUCAAGAAAAUAAAAAGAUAAAUGUGAACUAUUGUUUUAAUCAGUAUAAUAUACUGACUAUUUUAAAAAAACAUUUUACUAAUGUUAUAUAUGAAUAUGUAACUAAUCAAAAAAUAUCUUUAGAUGUAUUCUUAAAAAUUUAUAGAAAUAAUUAUUAUAAAAAUAUUGCUAUUGAAUUUAAUGGAAGAACUCAUUAUAACUUGCUGAUUAAAAAAAAUAAUAAUAAUGAAAUAUCUUACAAUAUGAUAGAAAAUCAUAAUACAAUAUAUAAAAAAUGGUUAUUGUCAAACUUUCAUUUUUCAAUAAUUAGUAUUUCUUAUUAUGAAUGGAAUAAAUUAAAUGAAGAAGAAAAAGAAAGAUAUCUUAUAAAUACUAUACAUUUUCUAAAAUAA